GGGAGGUGAGAUAUGCCUUCAAUGUACACUGUAUGCUAACUGUAACACAAAUGUAUUAAUCAUUAUUUGUAUUUCCUCCCCCAGCUCCAAGAAGAUGACACAGCUCAAAAUAAAAAUUAGCAAUCAGUACAACCAAGUCAUCGUUAUAAGGCAUCGCCCUCUUUUGCCCACCCCCCCAGCACCAGGUGUGGCCACUAGCCUAUAUGAAGGCCCAAAAUUGUGUGUUCCUUUCUGCUCUGACAAUGGCAUGCCCAUUCGUGCGAGAUAUGGUGGAUGAAGAAGCACUUGUGCUGAGGAGAGCCUUCAGGCGAGAAAGGGUCUUCAGGGACCGGUUGGACCCACUGGCCUUCCCUGACGACCAUCUAUAUGAAAGAUACAGGUUUUCUGCAGAUGGCAUCAGGUAUCUAUGCAGACUACUGGGUCCCAGGAUUAAGCACCGCACUGCACGGAGCCAUGCACUGAGUGUGGAGCAAAUGGUUUGUCUGGCCUUGCGCUUUUUUGCUAGUGGAGCCUUCCUGUACUCAGUGGGGGAUGCAGAACAGCUGAACAAGGCCACAAUUUGCCGCACAAUAAGGAGUGUGUGUCUGGCUAUCAAAGCAUUAGCAGAUGUCUUCAUCUCCUUCCCUGGCCACAGAAGACUCUGUGACAUCAAAGAGGAGUUCUAUAGGAUUGCAGCAAUGUUGUGGCAAAAUGGCCUGGCUCAGUCCAUGACUCCAGAAUCUUUCGGGCCUCUGAAAUCUAUCAGUGCCUAUCACAAGGUGAAUUCUCUGGUGUGUUGCUGGGAGACAGGGGGUAUGGCUGCCAGCCUUUUCUCCUGACACCUUUCACAGACCCCCAGGAAGCACAGCAGGCCUACAACCAUGCCCAUGCCAGGACCUGGGCCAGAGUUAAAAUGACCUUUGGCCUCCUGAAGGCACGCUUUCACUGCCUUCACAAAUUAAGGGUCAGCCCUGUUAGGGCAUGUGAUAUUACUGUGGCUUGUGCUGUCCUCCACAAUGUGGCCUGCCUGAGGAAGGAGAGGGCCCCCAGAGUGCCACCAGCCAUGGACUGGGACAAUCCGGCAAUCUUCCCUGAUGACGACAGUGGUCGGCUGCUGAGGGACCAAUAUGUGUUGAAUUAUUUUAGUUAGUAUGUGUGCUUUCAAUUUUGGUUAAAUAUGUCCUGCGGUGGCAGAGGAAUUUGUUUUUUUUUGGGUUCGUUUUUUUACGAAUUUGGCCUCUUAUGAUGUUUGUGCGGUAUACUGUGUGUAAUACAAGGCUGCAGGGAGGCUACUGCAUCCAUUCAUUUGUCUGUUCAGUUGAUGUGUAUGGAUUAGUCCUGCAUUUACACCUUUGAAUGUGUAUGUAUCAUUUUGUAUAAUAUGCUUGGAUUCUGUGCUUUCCAUCUUGUAGAGUCACUGUGACUUCAGUUUCGAAAGGAGCUGAUGGUUUACCUGCUUUGUUUUGUCCUUAUUCAAUAAAGGAACAUAAUGUUACACAUUGUGUUUUUAUAUUCA